AGGUAAAAAUUUUAAAGGUGGYCAAAUACUUCCAUUCUUUGCUGCCGGUGUUAGUGCAGUGAUACAUCCGCGCAAUCCCUAUGUACCUACUAUACAUUUUAAUUACAGAUACUUUGAAGUAACUUUACCAGAUAAUACAAUAGAGUGGUGGUUUGGUGGUGGUACUGAUUUAACUCCUUAUUAUCUGAAUGAAGAAGAUGCAGUUCAUUUUCAUCGAUCGUUAAAAAAUGCUUGUGAUCAACAUGACAAAGCAUAUUAUCCUAAAUUUAAACGUUGGUGUGAUGACUAUUUUAAUAUACCACAUAGAGGAGAACGAAGAGGAGUGGGUGGUAUAUUUUUUGACGAUUUGGACACUCCAUCUACAUUCAGUUUUGUAAAGAGUUGCGCUCAAGCAGUUAUCCCUUCGUAUCUACCAUUAGUGCAAAAGCAUAAAAACGAUGUGUAUAAUGACAAAGAAAGAGAAUGGCAAUUGCUAAGACGUGGGCGAUAUGUUGAAUUCAAUUUGAUAUAUGACAGAGGUACAAAAUUUGGUCUCUACACGCCUGGAGCUAGAUAUGAAAGUAUACUUAUGUCACUUCCCUUGACUGCAGCAUGUGCAGGUUUAUUGUUAUGSACAUUGGACACUAAACUUGACACAUUACAGUAA